AUGAACAACGCCUUUCACAGCCAUAAUGUCACACAAGACUACAGGAUAAGCCGAGUGGUGCUGGGCGUCGGCAUCAACGGAAAAGUGGUAGAAUGUGAGCAUCGACAGACUGGCGCCAAAUAUGCUCUCAAAGUGCUGAGGGAUACACCAAAGGCCAGGAGGGAGGUGUUGCUCCAUAAACUGGCCUCCUCCCAUCCGCAUAUUGUUCGUAUAUUGGAUAUCUAUGAGAAUACGUAUAAUGAAGUGCCAUGUAUUCUUGUGGUUAUGGAACAAAUGAGGGGAGGAGAAUUAUUCACGCGAAUUCAGGACCGCGGCCAACUGGCAUUUACGGAACGGGAGGCGGCAAAGAUCAUGUAUGAAAUCUGUUCGGCAGUCAAUUCUCUUCAUUCAAUGAAUAUCGCACAUCGAGACAUCAAACCCGAGAAUCUUCUCUACAGCGAGCCGGGCAAGAUCGGCGUGCUGAAGUUGACGGAUUUUGGUUUUGCAAAGAGGACAGACGAGAGUGAACCACAGGGGCUCAAUACCGCAUGCUUCACACCAUAUUAUUGUGCACCAGAGAUUCUGGGUACGGGUGGCUACGAUAAAUCGUGUGAUUGCUGGUCAAUUGGCGUUGUUAUGUAUAUUCUUCUAUGCGGCUACCCGCCAUUCUUUUCCGAGCACGGCGAGGCAAUGUCCCCCGGAAUGAAGAGUCGCAUCAAAAGUGGCAAAUACGGGUUCCCGUCACCCGAAUGGGAUUCCGUUUCACAGGCUGCGAAAGAUCUGAUUCGAAAAUUGUUGCGAACAGACCCAUCGGAAAGAUAUACAAUACGAGAAGUAAUGGAACAUAAAUGGAUCACACAUUAUCAUCAAGUACCAGCCACUCCACUGGCUACUGUCGGAAUGUUAGCUGAUCAGAAGGGACAAUGGGGAGAGAUGCAGGAGGAAUUCGACAAAACAUUGACGGCGAUGCGGAUGGAUGGAGAACAAAUUGAGAUCAAGAGUCUUGCCGAGAGCAAUAAUCGAUUGCUGGCAAAGCGGAAGCAGAAAGGAGAGAAAAGAGACGAAAAGGCCGGCCAGCAGGUCGUCAUUCAGGAAGAGGAGAAUAAUAUA